AUGCUGAUCACUGCACGCACUUAUUCAGCCUCCCAGACUCCAGACCUCGGUGCAGCACAACUGUGCAAUAAAAGAUCGCGAUUUCAUACCCUCUCCGGCUGGCAAACGAACCCGGAGGAUAUAGAGGAAGUCGCCGACAUGUUGUUAAUCCACCAAGUUGGUAGUGUUCGCGUUGGGGAAGUUGUUAGAUACACGAUUACAUAUACUCCAGCGGCCGAUCCGAUCCUGCCCAUUCCUUCCAAUCUCUACGUGAGGGUGAAGAACACAUCUGCCAUCCCACUACGCGCCGCAUACCUCCAUGGCCCGUACACGCUAUACGCCGCUUGCUAUCCCUCGCAGUUUGACCCCAACACCAAAUAUGAUCGACAGGAUCUGGAGGGUACACCGCAGUUUGAACCCUACCUCAAGGCCGGAGGUGGUUGGGAUGCCGUCAUCAAGGUGCCAGAUAAUCUCCUGCAAGCUCACGACUUUGGCUCUCCCGGUCAAGGCGGACCGGCAAGUGGACAGAGCGUUAGCUGGAUUAUUGAGAUACAAUCGCAGGUGAUAUUUUCAAGUAGCGCGGCGGUGCAUUUUGAGCUGCUGGUGGGCCGAGAUGAAAAAUCGCUGGCAUAUUUCUCGGGCGGCGCAUGGGGUAGCGGAAAUGGCUCGACGGGGCCUCCGGCAAAGUUACAAGACCAUUGGCUGCCUGAAACUAGAGGUACUCAGGUGCUUGCCUCGAAAGGCGUAUAUUCAAAAGCAAUCGCUCUUCACGUCGACGAUACAACUAGUCUAUGGAGCAACCCCCCAUUCCCCUUGGCGGCGCCAGCUUCCGAAGGCGUUGAUCGGAAGAGUCAGGACUCGCCAUCUCCGUGCGAUAAUCCAGCGCCAGAGGGCUCUACUGAAGCUCCGGCGAAAAGCGCCAAGAAGAAGCCGGUUCAUCUUGUGUUACUGACACACGGGUUGCACAGCAACCUCGGUGCAGACAUGCUCUAUUUGAAGGAGAGCAUCGACGCAGCCGUGAGAAAGUCAAAAAAGAAAGACAGUCACGCCAAAGCUCCCCACGUCAGCCCUGUUGGAUUGGAUAAUCGAGAAAACUUGACAAGCGGUACAUCUAAUACCGAGGAGGAGCAAAACAGCCAAUCUGGUGAUAACCCCGAUGAUGACGACGAAGAGCAAGUCAUUGUCAGAGGGUUCUCUGGCAAUGCUGUUCGGACUGAGCGUGGGAUUCAGUACCUCGGUAAACGGCUGGCCAAAUAUGUCCUGCUUCUCACAUAUCCCGAUCAACCAUAUUUCCCUCUGAAGGGCUCAAAGUCGAACCCAUUUGUCCGACCUUUCAGUGCUCGCAAGGAGCGAGCUCAACCAUUUGCUCAUUCGGCCGAUUCGACCCCACAAGAGAAUGCACAGUAUUCUGGAAAUGAAGACCAUGCUUACCAGAUUACGAGCAUUAGCUUUGUUGGUCAUUCUCUCGGUGGGCUGAUUCAGACAUAUGCAAUCGCAUAUAUCCAAAAACACUCGCCUCAGUUCUUCGAGCAAAUCAGGCCUGUUAACUUUAUUGCUCUUGCGACCCCUUUUCUUGGUCUCAGCAACGAGAAUCCAAUGUAUGUUCGAUUUGCAUUGGAUUUAGGUCUAGUUGGUCGUACCGGCCAGGAUCUCGGGCUGAGUUGGACGGCACCGAAAGUUCGAAGUGGCUGGGGGGCUAUUAUUGCUGGAAGAGGAGAGUCUACAAAAGACCCCGGCCAUUCGGAUCCUGGCUCCAAGCCGCUUCUACGGAUUCUUCCUUGCGGUCCUGCCCACGAGGUUCUUAAGAAAUUCCAGCAUCGUACAGUGUACUCGAAUGUGGUGAAUGAUGGGAUAGUUCCUUUGCGGACGUCUUCUCUUUUGUUCCUAGACUGGAAAGGUCUAGAUCGGGUUGAAAAGGCGAGGCGGGACAAUGGAAUUGUUGGAACUAUGGCCGAAUGGGGGUGGGCAGAGUUGACAGGCGCCAACUCGAAAUCCCCGCGACUCCCUCGCCUCGAUGAAGAACCGCCUUUGAGUCUUCGGACAAUGGAGACCGGUCAACAAAAUACAUAUUCUGCGACCCAGGUUCCCACAAGGCCCAAAGACGACCUUUUGGGCGAUAGGAUCUCUCCGCGGCCGGAACAAUUCCUAGCACGACCCAGUCAUACGUCCAACCAGAGAAUUCCAGAGCCGGCCGUGGUGAAGGAGAAUCUCUCGGGAAAUACGUCUUCCAGUCCCCUGGACAGCUUUCUAUCGCUGUUUCGCCUAAAUCAGGGCAGGAAUCCUCCUAACAGCAAGAAUGCUAGAAUUUACAAGCGCAGCCAGACCCUGAGCACUUUUGAGACUGGCGAGGGCGAUAGCACAAUACCCAUUGCCCAAGGACAUUCCUCGCACGAGCAGGAAGGAGUGCACACGCCUCCAAGGACCACCUUCUUUGAGUCUGCGGGAGACUUGUUGAUGCCGCCUUUACCACCCGCGGAUUUCAUUUUGGACCCUGCCUCGCGACCCCGGACAAUCUUCCACGACCGCAUCUACCACCCAGAGGAUAUACCACCUCCCUUGCCGGUAAAGCGACGCACAUUAGCAUUUGGAUCACUACCGGGCAAGCAAUCGAAAUCGGCGCCCACUGAGCACCCACCUGCUAGCACAGCGGACAACCAAAGCGGUCUCAAGGGCGAAGAGAAAAUUGCGAGAGCCUAUCACCGUGAUCUGACUUGGCGUAAGGUUCUUGUUCGACUUGAGCCCGAUGCCCAUAAUAACAUUAUUGUGCGGCGCAUGUUCACCAAUGCCUAUGGCUGGCCGGUUGUAAAACAUAUGGUUGAUACACAUUUUGGCCACACGCCCACUGCGGAAACUGACGAUUCUCUGAAGCAAAGUGCGGAGAUGGCCAAGUCUCCAAAUGUUAGCCCGACUAGUUCAGGUGAUGAGGUUGAAGGACAGUCCGAUUCUGUCAAUCUUGGUCCAGUAAGGGAUACAGACGAUGUACCAAAUAUAUCCGAUCUCCAUCUAUCGGAAGAUCUAUCUUGUGGUCUGAGUGAUACCUCACCGACCGAAGAUGAAUCGCACAUGAGCACCAGUGACAAAAACUACGUAUCGAGGCAGGAUUCUGCGCGAUGGACUGAUCGUGAAGUUGUGGAGGAUGACAGCGAGUCUGGCUUCGAAGUGGAGACUAGUGCUGGUUUCCGUCAUAGAUAA